CCCUCCAAGUUUGUCAUUUCUACAACCCCCAGGUCUGACCAGUUUGGAACCUGGGCUUUCUGAGCCGGUCUAGUGGGUUGGUUGAGAGAUGGGGGUUUUUCUGGGAACUGCAUUUGGUGCUAGCCAGCUUUUGGUCUGCACUAGGAAGCUAGGCUGGAGUCUGGGAGGCAGUUUCUAGUGGGGUGAAGGGGAUAAGAUGGGUGUCUUAGCUCUAGCUGCUGUAACAAAACAUCACAGACCAGGAAACUUUAAAAAACAACAGGCUGGGCCAGGUGCGGUGGUUCACGCCUGUAAUCCCAGCAGUUUGGGAGGCCGAGGUGGGCGGAUCACGAGGUCAGGAGAUGGAGACCAUCCUGGCUAACACGGUGAAACCCCGUCUCUACUAAAAAUACAAAAAUUAGCUGGGUGUCUUGGUGUGCACCUGUAAUCCCAGCUACUCAGGAGGCUGAGGCAGGAGAAUCACUUGGACCUCGGGGUGGGGGAGGUUGCAGUGAGCCGAGAUCACGCCACCGCUCUCCAGCCUGGGUGACAGAGUGACACUCCGUCUCAAAUAAAAAAAAAAAAAUGAGGUCUCACUAAGUUUCCCAGGCUGGUCUUAAACUCCAGACCUCAGACAGUUCUCCUACCUCAGCCUCUCCUGAGUAGCUGAGGCUGUGAGCGAGUAGGCUCCUCCCGCCAUGCCUCACUGGUGCUGGGAAAAAACAGAAAUUUAUUUUCUCACAGAGUUCUAGGGGCCGGACGUCCCAGAUCAAAGGUGCUGGUUCCUGGUUGCCAUGCGGCCUCCUGGCUUGUAGAUGGGCCCCCUCUCGCGGCGUCCUUACCCCGGGGAGCGAGAGCUGCGUGGCGUCUCUUCCAGGAGUACUAACCCCAUUAUGAGGGCUAUGCACUCAUGACCUCAUCUGAACCUGAUCACCUCCCGGAGGCCCCGCCUUCUAAUACCUUCAUAGUGGGAGUUAGGGCUCUAACCUCUGGGUUUUGGGAGACAGUUCAGUCUGUAGCAGUGGGACCUGAGCAGGCAGGUGGGAUGUGCUGUCUGAGGCAGCCGUGGAGCCUGACGCUCCCACUGGAUGUCACGUCCUGGGACAGAAGCCCUGCGGGACAUUUUGGAUGCAGACAGCCGUCUCUGACGCCAAAGGACUGUAGAUGCCGCUCUGAUUUUGUGUCCUAGGGCCACACACCGCAGGCAGAGCCCUAACGGAUGGGCUUUUGCACACAACAGAUGUCCUCCUGGGGCUCUUGGAAAUUCUCAGUCUGCACAGAGGAUCCUGGUUUCCAAAGCCAGAUAUCCCUUUUUACAGAUGAGGGACAGUGCUUGGAGAACAAGUGUCUUCAGAGGCAGUGUCUAGGGUCUCCUGAAAUCGGGCUGCUAAGUCUUUUCUUGCCCUGUGGGUCUCCACCCUGUUCUCUGCCUUUGGGACAGAUCGUGCUGCGGCAGAGAAGCUUGAGGCCGAGGCUGACCGCUAAAGCAGCGUCUGAAUGUGGCUUGUGCUUGCAGCCCAGAGAGGGCCUCCUGUGUGGGGCAGAUGGGAUGCUGGCCCUGGAGGCAGGUUCCCACCUUAAACGGGGGCUCCUGCCCAGAGCAUCCUGCCCAGGGCAGCGCUGGAGUGUGAGACCCUGUCUGCCGGCUACCCAUGCUCAGGAGGCAUGUCCCACAAAUCGUGUUCAGCACCCACCCCAGUCCUGCUCGGUGGACAUCUGUGCGGGGCAGGGAGAGUGAAGCACAGCUGGUCUGAUACAAGUGUCUGGCUUCCUGCCAGGCUGCACCACUUCCCAGCGGGUUGGCCUCGCGGGUAACAAGGCCAGAAGCCACUGCAAGGCUCCCUGGGGCAGUGCCAGCACUGGGGAUUUGGGAAGGAGAGGUGUCUGUCCCCUGGGAGGGGCAGCCAGGGUCUGCUGGUCUCUGCUGAUGGGCCUGAGUAUAUCUGAAAAAGACAGGUAGGAAGGGGGUGGCUGCAGUGUGCACUGGCCGGACCCCAGCUGAUGCUCUGCUGGGACCCAGAGUGGGUGGCUGCAGUGUGCGCUGGCCGGACCCCAGGUGAUGCACUGCUGGGACCCAGAGUUGUGGGGGUGGGAACCAGGUGGGUGGUUCUUCAGACAUUGCCUCUGAAGACACUUCAGAGUCCAGGCUCAGCAUCUGUGACUUUCGGGCCAGGGCCUUUUGCUCACCGCUAGGCAGCUGGGGAGAGGCUCUGGGCCCAGCCGUAAAUGUCUGAGAGCACAGCUGCCUGGGAGCAGGCUAGAGGGAGGAGGGCUGGUAACCUGAAAUCACACCCUACAGCUCUCCAGGGGUCUCGGCGAGGAGGGAGAGUGUUGGGACUGUAAGGGUGACUGUCAGAGACGUCCCCCAGAAUCACGGGCUUUAGGUGCUGGGGGGGCCUCAGUGACCUUCCUGCCUGGCCCCCUGCGGGCAGCACGCCUCUGCUGAGAGGCUGCAGGGGCCAGGGCUGGGGGCUGGCACUGCCUCUGGUGGUGCUGCUGUCGUCCUGCUCAAGGCUUGGCUGCCGGCCCAGGAAGGCUUCUCUGUACGCCCACCCCAUGGCACGACUGGGGUCAGGACCGGCGCCUGCUGCUGCACCGAGACCCUGCCCUGUCCAUGGCCACAGGCGUACCCUGGGCCGGCCUCAGAGGCGUGUCUGGCCAGGCUGGGUGGAGGGUGGGGGCUGACCACAGACCUGGGGCUGCCACACCCAUGGGGGAAGGGCUGUGGCGACGUGGGCGCCUCCCGUUGGCUGGGCAGACACAGCCUCCCUCCCGGCUGCACAGGAGUUUCUUUAAGGAGUUUCCCCUGUGUGCCUCGGCAGCCUUGCGCUGCUGUAAUAGUCCCAACUUCCGUGUGAGUUUCCCCUGUGUGCCUCGGCAGUCUUGUGCUGCUCCUAAGAGUCCCGGCUUUUGUGUGCAGCUAGACCCAGGGAGGCGGCCGUCCCCCGGAUGGGGUGCUUGUCUGGGCUGGCUGGCCUGGCGGCUGCUCACAACAACUUCCAGUGGGUUCUGGUCGGGUUGCAUUGUGGAGUUUUCACCUACAAAAGGGGAAGGAGGUGGCCCAAGGGGCCGGGGCCUGGCCUUGCUCUGACCGGUGCCAGCAGCACUUCCUGGAUGUGCCAACCGUUAAGACGCCCAGGCCAGGGUUGGGUCCAGACUCAAACCCAGGUGGAAAGGAGUGGGACCCCCUGCCAAGGCUGUGAGGCCCCAUAGGGGAGCCUGUGGGGUGGGCUCCCCUCGCCCUCUGCAGAGGCUCAAGGCCCCUGGGGACAUGAGGACUGGGUUCCCAGGCCAGCCUGGUGUUUAUCAGCUAUCUCCUUAGUCUCAGCUGACCUCCCCUGACACGGCCCCGUUACACCACCCGCCCCAAGCCAGGCCAGUUCCUCUCCCAGAAGCCCCGGCUGUCAGAGAAGAGGGCAAGGUGGGCUGCCUUCUUCUCGAUCAGCUUCAGAUGGGGCCUCUGGUUGCACUGAGACAGGCCUCUUCCCCUGCUCAGAGCCAUCCCUGCUCCCCCAGCCCCUGAGCUGCCCUCCUAGACACUGCACGGAGAGCUCCUUCCUGUUCACAGACUCCCCAGCGGUGCAGGAAGCCACCGCCCAGCCAUGGACCGGGAGGAGCAGCAGCCGCCGCGUGAGGCCGACGUGGAACCUGUUGUGCCGUCAGAGGCUUCAGAGCCAGUGCCCAGGGUGCUUUCUGGAGACCCCCAGAACCUGUCCGACGUGGACGCCUUCAACCUGCUCCUGGAGAUGAAGCUGAAGCGGCGGCGUCAGCGGCCCAACCUGCCGCGCACUGUGACGCAGUUGGUGGCUGAGGACGGGAGCAGGGUGUACGUGGUGGGGACAGCCCAUUUUAGCGACGACAGCAAGAGGGACGUUGUGAAGACCAUCCGGGAGGUACAGCCUGACGUGGUGGUCGUGGAGCUCUGCCAAUACCGUGUGUCCAUGCUGAAGAUGGACGAGAGCACGCUGCUGCGGGAGGCCCAGGAGCUCAGCCUGGAGAAGCUGCAGCAGGCCGUGAGGCAGAACGGGCUCAUGUCAGGGCUGAUGCAGAUGCUGCUGCUGAAGGUGUCUGCGCACAUCACCGAGCAGCUGGGCAUGGCCCCGGGCGGCGAGUUCAGGGAGGCCUUCAAGGAGGCCAGCAAGGUGCCUUUCUGCAAGUUCCACCUGGGUGACCGGCCCAUCCCCGUCACCUUCAAGAGGGCCAUCGCUGCGCUCUCCUUCUGGCAGAAGGUCAGGCUGGCUUGGGGCCUGUGCUUCCUGUCAGACCCCAUCAGCAAGGAUGACGUGGAACGCUGCAAACAGAAGGACCUACUGGAGCAGAUGAUGGCCGAGAUGAUUGGCGAGUUCCCGGACCUGCACCGCACCAUCGUCUCGGAGCGCGACGUCUACCUGACCUACAUGCUGCGCCAGGCCGCCCGGCGGCUCGAGCUGCCUCGGGCCUCUGAUGCCGAGCCCAGGAAGUGCGUCCCCUCCGUGGUCGUGGGCGUCGUGGGCAUGGGCCACGUGCCUGGCAUCGAGAAGAACUGGAGCACCGACCUCAACAUCCAGGAGAUCAUGACCGUGCCCCCGCCGUCCGUCUCUGGCAGAGUGUCUCGGUUGGCCGUGAAGGCCGCCUUCUUCGGCCUGCUGGGCUACAGCCUGUACUGGAUGGGCCGCCGCACCGCGAGCCUGGUCCUGUCGCUGCCCGCCGCGCAGUACUGCCUGCAGAGGGUGACCGAGGCCCGGCACAAGUAGGAGACUGCUCCCCGCCCACUCGGGCCCCUGAGGAGCCAGUGCCCCCGUGGCACUUCUGGGUGCCAGGUGCAUCCUAGCCCGCCCGCGGCCCCUGCCACCCCCCAUGGGGGUCUGGGCCCGGCCUCGCCUGCCCUCCUGGGCCAGUCACCCCUCCCCCAGCCCACCCAAAUAAAGGAUUAUUUAGCUGUCUGAGCUCAGGCCUCCCAGCAGCCCCUCCCCUCCCACACUGCAGGGGCCGUUCACCGGCUUCUGGACAAGACGCCCAGCUCCGAGGGGGCAGGGGCUUGUAGGAGGGGCCGAGGCGUGCGCUGCCCUCUCAGCCCUGGUGGCGGGCAGGGGACAAUGGCCACUGUCCCUACCUCACUGUGCCUUCCUGUGCUCCGGCCACGGGAGCGUCGGCCCAGGGGCGGCUCCUGGGGGCUCCAGGGCAGGCGAGACUGGGAAAGUCCCAGCCCUCGAGCUCCAGCCGACCCCACCGUGCCCCUGGCAUCCUGGCCCCGGCUGCCACCUCCCCGGCACCGUCUGCCUGCAGGGAUUCUGUGUUUUUGGCUUUUUUAAUGUCUAAAAAUCUUUUACUCAGGUAAUUUUAAUUUCAAAGAGAAAAACUGAAGUAAAUGUCAAAAAACACCAGCCUUAAAUCCAGAGAGACAGAACUCGUGUUCUUGGGUCUGUCCCGAGUGGUCUCGCGUGCGGCCAAACAUCAGCUCUGGGUCCAGACCUGGCCUCAACUGGGAGCCUGUGUCCUGAGCCUCCGGAGCGAAGGGGUGCCUGGGACGUCUUGGCCCUCUGUGGGCAGACAAUGUGUGCACCUAUGUGGAAAGCCAAGGACAUGGGCUGUGGCCAGGCCUGCCCCGCUCAGGCCCCCUGCCCGGUGGCCGUUUGUGUGCAGGGCCUCCCUCCUGGCUGUCCAGGACAUGGCCCGUGCAGCCCCAGCCUGGACCCAGGCCAUCUCUGGUUGUGUCUGUGCCGACUCAGUGUUGAAUCAAAUCAGGUGUGCGUCAGGAGCCGGCAGUGUCCUUCCUGCCACACUCGGGGAUUCAUUCCUUAGAAACUGAAAUAAAUUCUAAUUUUGGAAA